AUGCCUCGACCAAAGGUCCGCCCUGAGGACAGGCAACGGGCAGCCAAAGCCUGCCUGCCUUGCAAAUUCUCCAAGAAGAGAUGCGAUGCUCAAUUACCUUGUGCCCAUUGCACCAGGCGCAACAAUGCUUCGGCCUGUACAUAUGAGGACACUGUCUACACUAACCGCACCCCUCGACGCCGUGCUUCAAACAGUAUUCAUCGACAAUCGGUCACCUCGACUGCUCCACCAUCCAGUCAUUCUCACUCGAGUCAGCCAGAAGUCGACCAUACCCAGAACUACAACCACAAUCACGCCCAGAAUCAGAAUCAGAAUCAGAAUCAGAAUCAGACUCCUCAAUAUGAUAUCCCAGAUAGCUUUGCCGACCAGGGUCCAAGUGGUUUACUUGAAACUACUAGCUUCCCCCAACGAAUCACUAGAGACCGACUGCUAUUGAGCUCCAAAGGAGAGCAAGUGUAUAUCGGCAAGACUGCUUCACUUUCUUUCUUGCAGUUUCUGCGUCAUACCAUCAGACAACAGAUGGGCCCGUCUGUCUUCACCGAAAAUGCUCGCAGACAUCUCAUGCUUGAGAUCAAUAGCCCUGAGGAUGGCUCGAGUACUUUCAACGAAACCGAUGCUUGCAAGCGGGCCUUGGUGGAGACCUACUUUGCUGCUACCAGUGGCCUCCUCGACCUUUACUCACGAGAAGAGACUGGAACGUAUCUCUCGACAAUCAGCACGCCCAAUGACCACAGCCAGGGAUUUGCUGUCAUUGCUUUCGAUCUAAUCGUCGCCAUUGGUGGCCAGUGUCGCGCUGCAAGUCCUACCGACCUCAGAUAUGCUGUGAGAUGCUUCACUAGGGCGCAGAAAGCUGCCCUUGCAGGAAUGCUCGAAGAUCCUUGUCUCGAUAUGGUGCGCUGCUUUCUCCUUAUGGCCUUCUAUAUGCUAGGCGCUUGCCGUAGGAACGCUGCCUUUAUGUACCUUGGAGUAGCCUCGAAGGCAGCUUCAGCACUAGGUCUCCAUGUCACCGACCAGUAUCGUCAUUUCCCAACCCAGGUACAGAGUAUCAGGUUACGCACAUUAAAAAGCCUUCGUAUUCUCGACGUCCUGGUCAGUUCGAUUCUCGGAAGACCUUUGUCGACACCGGUGAUGCGAAUCGACAACACCUCGUUCAGUAACCUCCAUACUCACAUGGGUACUCCACGGGACAUGGCGCUCAACGCCAGCUUCGGAGCUUGCUCCCUCAUCGCGGAGAUCAUGCAAAACCUCGAGGCCGACAACACCGUGGAUCUACCAUUCGCGGACCAGACUCUAAAACGGUUGAGAGACUGGAGUUCCAGUCUUCCCAACAAUAUCAAACGAUUCACCAAGGAAUCCGCAACUCCAUUGACGGUUUUAGACCAAGAGCGAGUCAUCGGCAAUAUCCAUGUUGCUUGUGUCUACUACUUCGCCGUCAUGCUCGUUACUCGCCCUUUCCUGAUCUCUCAUCUGAUGGCGAACCUUCCUGGCAGUGCUGCCGAGAUUCCAGAUACGCCCACGACGGCCAGAGAGCAGGCCGAGAUCGUCAACAUGGCGGAGGCAUGUCUAGAUUCAGCGGUGUACAUGGCGCAGAUUUGCCACGAAGCACUUCAAUCCGGACUCUUCCUAAACGCCAUGCCUCUUAUGAAAGCAUGGAUGUUCGCGGCCGGCCUCGUGAUCGGCUUCUCCAUGUUCGCGCAAGCGGAGCCGAAAUUUGAAAUGGACGAGUCCUUCAACGGCGCCCGCGAAGUCUUGAAGAAACUCUCCGACCACAGCCCACAAGCAGAACAUUACCACGAGAUCCUCACGGGGUUCGCCGACGCCAUCCAACGCCACCGGCAACACCUCGCGCGCGAGAAGCGCAGGUCUCAAAACAAAUACGUCAAUCAGAUCCUGAAGCUCGACAUGAACAUGAACUCCAACGGUGGCGGCGGCAGCUCGGGUCCGCACCAGUCGACGUUCUCGCCGCAGGCGCUGUCCAGGGAACUGGCAGAUGCGGCGUCCAGUACGCUCGCGGCGGAAGACGUCGGACCGCUGGGCGACAGUGAUUCUCCUCCUCAGCCGUUCCAGCUGUUUGACGCGUCGCAGCUCCCCGUCGAUGGCGGCGGCGGCUUUGAUUUCGGCAUGUUCGGCUGGGACAAUUUCGCCAUGCAGAUCUCGGAGAACUUUGCUUUUGACAACGACACGCUUUGGGAUCUCGGUUGA